UUUAAUUCUUUGUUAAAGCUCAUCUGAUUGGUGAAACUUUAUGAUUUCAUGUUAGUCAAAAAGUAUUAUAAUGUGAAUUGUGCUGUAAGAAGAAACAUUCAUCUAAUUUUCUGGUGGAUGCCCACUAAAAUAAUAAUUUUAAGUAAAGUAUCUUGUGCCGGAGCAUUUGCUAGUACCACAAGUACUACUUCUUGCAUGAAAAGGUUCUCCUGUUUUCACCUGUAUACAUAUAUCAUGCUUCGAUGUUUUUAGAAAUUUUUAGAACACACAAAGAGUUCAUAAGGAACGCGUGUGUGCACACGCUCACUUGAAAUGUCGAAAGAGAGAUAUGGAUGCUGCUGUUUUUGGCGAAAGUUUAAGCUUGGAGUGGCAGAGGCGCCACUAGAGAUAAAACAACUGUUUGAGAAGUACUCAGAUGAUGGAAUAAUGAGUCUGCAUCAUUUCCAGAGGUUUAUGAAAGAGGUUCAAAGAGAAGUGGCAGAUGCUUCAAUAGAAACUGUAUUUUUCAAUAUCAAGAAUCAAAAUAUCACUAAACACGUUACUCAAAACAAAGGUCUGAAUCUUGAAGGUUUCUUUAGGUACCUUUUUGAUGGUCAUAUUAAUCCUCCUCUUCCUUCUCCUCCCAAGGUGCACCAUAAUAUGAGAGCUCCGCUGUCUCAUUAUUUUAUAUAUACUGGCCACAAUUCCUAUCUAACUGGAAAUCAACUGAGCAGUGACAGCAGUGACGUUCCUAUUAUUGAUGCACUCCACAGAGGUGUUAGAGUUAUUGAACUGGAUCUGUGGCCUAACUCUACCAAAGAUGAGGUCCAUGUUGUUCAUGGAGGGACACUAACAAAUCCAGUGGAGCUCAUCAAGUGUCUAAGAUCAAUCAAACAACAUGCUUUUGCCACAUCGGAAUAUCCUGUGAUACUGACUCUAGAAGACCAUCUUACUCCAGUUCUUCAGGCUAAAGUUGCUAAGAUGGUGACCGAAACAUUUGGAGACAUGCUCUUUAUUUCUGGGUCAGAAAGCUUAGCAGAAUUCCCAUCUCCUGAAUUGCUGAAAAGAAAGAUAAUCAUCUCGACCAAACCGCCAAAAGAAUAUCUUGAAAGUAAUAAUCUUGAGGUUGUACCUACUGCCGAUGAACACAAGCAAAAGAAAUCUUCAGAGGAGAAAGCCUGGGGAACAGAAGUCUCGGAUAUUGGCAGGAAAAUGGAAGUUCUUAAAGAGAUAGAAGUUGAAGACGGAGAAGCUUUAAAUGAGGAAGGUGUUCAAAAUGAAAGAAGCAGCUUGAAGCAUUACAUUGAUCCUGAAUACAAACAUCUAAUUGCAAUUCGUGCACGAAAAAGGAAAGGCGGGAUCAAUGAUUGGUUGCAUGAUGAUCCUAAUAAGGUCACACGCAUUAGCCUAAGGGAACAAAAUUUAGAAAGUGCUGUUAUUGAUCAUGGUGCUGAUGUUAUAAGGUUUACGAGGAGGAAUUUGUUGAGGAUAUUUCCCAAGGGUUCACGAGUUGACUCAUCAAACUACAAUCCGUUCAUUGGAUGGAUGUAUGGAGCUCAGAUGGUCGCAUUUAAUAUGCAGGGCCAUGGUCGGUCACUUUGGUUAAUGCAGGGAUUCUUUAGAGCUAAUGGUGGCUGUGGUUAUGUGAAGAAACCAGAUUUUCUACUGAAAAUUGGUCCCAGUAAUGAGGUCUUUGAUCCCAAAAGAACAUAUCCUGUAAAGAGAACUCUUAAGUUGAAAAUAUACAUGGGAGAAGGAUGGCAUCAGGAUUUUGACGAGACACACUUUGACAUAUACUCUCCACCCGAUUUUUAUGUUAAGGUUGGAAUUGCUGGAGUUCCUAAUGAUUCAGUAAUGAGAAAAACAAAGACAAUUCAGGACAAGUGGAUUCCAACUUGGAACGAGGAGUUUGAGUUUCCCCUGACAGUUCCUGAGCUUGCAUUGCUUCGAAUUGAAGUUCACGAGUAUGACUUGUCUGAUAAUGAUGAUUUUGCAGGACAGACAUGCCUUCCUGUUGCAGAACUGAAAACAGGAAUUCGAGCUGUACCUCUUCAUAACCAGAAGGGGGAUGAGUACAAAUCUGUUAAGCUCCUCAUCCGCUUUCAAUUUAUCUAAUACAUAUUGAGUCUGCAAUAUCAUAUGAAGAUUCAAUAUGUAUUUAUGUUUUGUGUACAUGUAUAUGUUAAAUAAAUCUUACGGUUUUGUACUAGCUCUAAAUUUUACGGUAAAAGGAAGCAACAAAUUCUCAUCAGAUAUAAGAACUUUAUUUUGAAUAAAUAAAGUCUUGUCCAAUUGUGUAAA